AUGGAACAACAAAAUCACUCCAUGGUGUCUGAGUUUAUUUUGUUGGGACUCACAGAGUCUUGCGAAUUACAGAUUUUCUUUUACUUGUUUUUUUCCAUUAUCUAUGUAUCCAUUGUGCUAGGUAACCUCAUCGUUAUCUUUGUAGUGAAAUUGGAUCCCCAACUGCACUCUCCUAUGUACUUCCUACUGGCUAACCUCUCCUUCAUUGAUAUGUCCCUGGCCUCCUUUGCUACUCCUAAGAUGAUCUAUAACUUAAAUAGUGGAUAUAAUACCAUAUCCUAUGAAGGCUGCAUGACCCAGAUGUUUUUCCUUCACCUUUUAGGUGGAAGUGAGAUGAUGGUGCUCGUAGCCAUGGCAAUUGAUAGAUACAUUGCCAUAUGUAAACCCCUCCAUUACAAAAUUAUUAUGAGCAAUCUUGUUUGUACUGGACUUAUACUUCUUUCCUGGACCACUGGUUUUGUGCACACUAUGAGCCAAAUGGUUUUCACAGUGACUUUGCCCUUCUGUGGUCCAAAUGUUGUGGAUAGUUUUUUUUGUGAUCUUCCUCGGGUCAUCAGACUUGCCUGCACUGACACUUACAUCCUGGAGCUGUUAGUCAUUGCAGACAGUGGACUACUCUCUUUGUUCUGUUUCAUCGUUCUAUUCAUCUCCUAUAGCAUCAUCCUGAUUACUGUCCAACAUCACUCUUCCAGGGGGCCUUCCAAAGCUUUGUCCACUCUUUCAGCCCACAUUACAGUGGUUGCGCUAUUCUUUGGACCUUGCAUCUUUAUCUAUGUAUGGCCAUUCAACAGUGUGUCCGUUGAUAAGAUUCUCUCUGUGUUUUAUACAAUUUUUACUCCCCUUUUAAAUCCAAUCAUCUAUACAUUCAGAAAUAAAGACAUGAAGAAUGCAUUAAGAAAAAUAAAGACCAAGCAUAUGAGUUCCAGAUCAAUAUUUUAA